UGAAGCUCAUGUCAACUAAUGGCCCACAGAAAGUAACGUUAUCCUUUAUUCACCUCUCGGUAAAGUCUUCACCGGUGACUUUUAAACACUUUCACUAACACCAGGACUCAGUGCGCAGCAGCAACGCCCCGGGGCUGAAAUUAGGCACUCACUAUGUCUGAUGGGGACUAUGAUUACCUCAUCAAAUUCCUAGCCCUCGGUGACUCCGGCGUGGGAAAAACGAGCUUCCUCUACCAAUACACAGACUGCAAGUUUAACUCCAAGUUCAUCACUACAGUUGGGAUAGACUUCAGAGAAAAAAGAGUGGUGUACAAAUCAACAGGUCCAGAUGGAUCUUCAGGUAGAGCACAGAAGAUCCACAUGCAGCUGUGGGACACUGCAGGACAGGAGAGGUUUCGGAGUUUGACGACUGCCUUCUUCAGAGAUGCAAUGGGUUUCCUCCUCCUGUUCGACCUCACAAAUGAACAAAGUUUCCUCAAUGUCAGAAACUGGAUGAGUCAGUUACAGAUUCAUGCAUACUGCGAGAGUCCAGAUGUCGUUUUGUGUGGCAACAAAUGUGACCUGUCAGACCAGAGAGCAGUGAGUGAAGAGGAGGCCCGUGAGCUGGCAGAGAAAUAUGGAAUCCCAUACUUUGAGACAAGUGCUGCAAAUGGGCAGAACGUCAACCAGGCUGUGGACGUCCUGCUGGAUCUUAUCAUGAAGAGGAUGGAACGAUGUGUCGACAAGUCCUGGAUCCCUGACGGGACCGUUCGAGUUAAUGGACCCACCAACCCCGACAUCUCAGAGGGCUCUGAGAGGAGCAAAUGUGCAUGUUAGAAUCAAUGAUGAUGGUUACGUAUCUGUGCCCAUAAUACUGCAGGAAAAUAGGAAGACGUCCAAGUUUAACAGUGGGAGUAUAUACAGUAUAUAUACACAUAUAUAUUGUGUUAGGUGAAACUUGACAUAUUUGCGUCCAUUGCCCCUUAAGCAGUGCAGCAUUACUGAUAUACUGUCAUUGACGUGCUGUAUUAUUUGUCAGUGGAGAGAUAAGUGCCUUUUGAAUGUGGGCAUUUCAUUUGAAUUCAUACGAUGGGUCUUUUGAAUAAUUGAUUCAUAUUGGAGUGUGGGAUAUUUAUUUCUUAUGACGCCUGGCUGAAAUGUCCAACUUUAUUGAUCAGUCAGACCUGCUGAUCAUAGUUUCAGGUGUCCUGCCAGAUGUGCUAUAAAUACACUGUUAAUACUCUUUACUUUCUGUAAGAUUAGCGUAGAUUCACACUGCAGUUAACUCAAAGGAAGAAGUGCCUUCUGUUUCUCUUUGUACAGUCAGAUAAAUGUUGACUGUCACACCUGCAGUCACGGUUUAUUUGGGGAGAGAAAUUUGCUAUGGAUGUACUUUUAAUUGUAUACUACUGAUGCUUUUCUGAAUGUCCAGCUGAAUACUGCUGUCCCACAGUGCCACUGCCAGAAAACAUUGCUUGCAUUGACCAUCUAACAUUAGCCAGAUGGACAAUUAACACUCAUGUAUUUCCUUCUCUAAAUCAAUCUGUGCUUGUUUGUUGCCAUAGCAUGAAUUAUAGAAUACAGUUUGACCAAGUCAACAACACUUCAUAAUGUACAGUGACAGGUUUGGACAAUUAUUGAGUGAGCUCAGUGGUUUGAUAAGAGGAAUAAAUAUGUCAAAGUAAAAACUGAGCAGUAACUCAGGAAGGCAGGUGAUUCAAGUCGAUCAUCCUACUGUUUAAGAAGACCCGUGCAAAAGUAAAUAAUAUACUUUCAAAUUCUCUUAUUAUAUUUUAAAGAAAGAGGUUUUGUGAACAUGCCAGUUAAAGUACAGCUGAUCUUCAGUCUUCUUUAUUGCUCAUUUUUAUCAUUAUUCACCUGUAACAAUGCCGACAGUUUUAAAUCAGGCGAGAUCCUGGAUACUCAAACCUUUGACCUAGGCCCCAGGAUGAUAACAUAUGAAUAUUAGUCAUAUUUAUAUCAUUAGAACAAUGACUAUUGCUGCUGGCAUUAUAAAAAAAUAAAUUAAUUUGUAUCAAAUAAAACAUCCGACUUCAGGGAAAAUAAGUAAUGGUGCUAUUUUACAUAGCAAAUGCCAUGUUUUUCGUGAGUGUGGCUGUUGUUUGGGCCGUCAGCCACUAAUUAAAUGUAUCGUGACAAGAUGCAUCAGGAUCUGAGUGGCUUAUGGCCUCAGCUAAACCCAUUUUCUAUAAAAACCCUGGAUGUAACAAAUAAUUUCCCCCCGGGGAUCAAUAAAGUAUUUCUGAUUCUGAUGCCAUGAAAAGAGCUGCCCCGUUACAUGAUUGGAUGGAGAUUGUUUUGUUUCAGGUGUUAAUGUGACCAUGCUAACAUGUAGGCUGUUGAAUUUGUUAAUUUUGAGAAAAAUGCCAAGCCCAGACUUUUUUUUAUUGGCAAUAUUUAUAUAGUAAGACAGUGAAACCAGUUUAUAAUACCACUGAUGUUUUAUAAAAUGAAGAGUAUUUAGGUUUAAUAAAACACAUAUAUUUUUGUGAGAAAAUUUAUCCCUACUGUAUUUGAUAGUUUCACACACAUUCAUUGUAUUACACUGUCAGGCUUUGCUGUAUCAAAGGGUGAAUGUGAUGUUUUAGUUUAGACAAAUGAGUAUGUUUUUUCCAAUAACUUGUUCAACCACAGAUCUGAAAAUGCCACUAAAAUUUAUUGAAAUUUGAUUAUAUUAAUAAGACUAUGCUGAAAUAUUUCAUAUUUUCAAUUGUGCCAUACAUUCUCAUAUGCAAAAUAUGUAAAUUAUGUCCAGAA